UAAAUAAAAUUGAGCCCUAAACCCUUUGGAUGUUCCUCUCACUUUCAAGUCUCACGUGCUCCACCUUCCGUCUUUGGCAGCUCAGCUCCGCCGUUGCCUCUCUCCAGCUCGUUGUCGCCGCCGCCACCGUCGUUCUUCCGCUCGUGCCUGCGCCGCAUCCCUCCUAACGAAUCUCCACUGAUUUUCCACUCUGUUGUUGCUACUGUUGGAACUUCUCUGCUUGGAGUUCUCUAUAAUGGCGUUGGUUGUGAUCUGUGGCCAGCCAUGCAGUGGGAAGUCCACUGCUGCACUCUGCUUAGCUGAAGCUCUCAAGGAAUCAAAUGUAAAACAAGCCAUUAAGAUUAUCGAUGAAACUUCCCUUCAUUUGGAUCGGAAUAAGAGCUAUGCCAACAUGCCUGCUGAAAAGAAUCUAAGAGGAGUUCUCAGAUCUGAAGUUGAUAGAUCUGUUUCUAAAGAUAGCAUUGUCAUUGUAGACUCCUUGAACAGUAUAAAGGGUUAUCGAUACGAACUGUGGUGUUUGGCUCGUGGAACAGGAAUCAGGUAUUGUGUGCUGUACUGCGACGUGGAAGAAACCGAUUGUAGGAAGUGGAACGAAGAGCGUCGAGAGAAAGAAGAAGCGAGCUAUGAUGAUAAGAUAUUCGAAGAUCUUGUCAGAAGGUUUGAGAGGCCAGAUAGUAGAAAUAGAUGGGACUCACCAUUGUUUGAGUUAUUCCCACUUAAGGAUGGAAUCGAUAAAUCAUCUCAGGUCAUUCUAGAUGCUGUAUCAUACCUGACUAAAACAGUGGACUCAAAGUCUCGCGAUGUAAAAAUUUUACAGCCAACGAUCGCUACUCAGAACUCUCGAUUUUCGGAGGCAAACUCUCUAUAUGAGUUGGACAAAGCAACGCAAGAGGUGGUUAAUGCUAUUGUAGAAGCCCAAUCUCUGGGAGGGCCUCUGAAUAGCAUCUCUCUGGGUCAGCAAUUACCAACCAUCGACAUUUCAAGGUCGGUUGGACUACCGGAGCUUCGAAGACUACGGAGAACUUUCAUCAAACUAACAGGGCAAACUAGUUUAAGCGGACGACCACCACCUUCUGAUGCCGAGAGCGCCAAGAGGAUGUUUGUUGACUACCUGAAUAGGGAACUGGGGACUUCUUGAAAGUUGAAACUAAGAUUAAUCUGAAUGAUAAGCUGUAUAAUUGUAGCAUAUGAACUACCAAACUUUCCAAAGCAAAAGGUUGAGAUAUCACUCUUCUUUCUGGCAACUUUGCCAUCAAUUGUUUAAGCUUUGUUGUUAUCGA